AUGGCUUCCACUGUACUAGCACAAGCUCUUCCAAUCCGUCGAGUGCGCAAUUCGCACCCUGAUCCCCGCGUGGCGCACACUAAUAGACAUGCAUCGGUGGCGCUUCCAAGCCGUAGAAAUUGCUUGCUGCUCCUAACCGCUACGACGGCACUGAAUGCACUGCAAAAGCCAUCAAAUGCAGUGGACAUACCGCUGUUCGGACUGAGGCAAGGACUCCAGAAGGCGGAGAAGGAAGUAAAGGAGCUGGUGAAGGAAGGAUUCGAGACGGCUGACAAGGGAAUCGUGGCUGCAGAGAAAGGAAUAGAAGCGGCAGAGAAGGGAGUAGAAGCGGCAGAGAAGGGGAUAGAGGUGGCGGAGAAGGAGAUUACGACGGCGGCGAGCUUUGGUGGGCUGGCACAGGCGGGAGCGGUGGCGGGAGCGGAGGCGGUUGGAAUUUUGAUUGCCACCGGUAUAGUGAAUGGGAUUAUAGGUCCAGAAGCCAAGAAAUCAUGA